AUGGACAGCGCACUGAGGCCACCUACAACUAAGAUGCAUUGGAUCACCCUUCUACUGACUGGAUUGACUUUAUGGAGCAAAGUAUCCGUCCAUUAUUGCUUAGACUACGAGGACAAUUAUGACUACUAUGAAGAAGAGAAGAUGGAGACCAUAGACUACAAAGAUCCAUGCAAAGCUGCUGUCUUUUGGGGAGAUAUUGCCUUAGAUGAAGAAGAUUUGAAAAUGUUUCAGAUCGACAGAACGAUAGACUUGAUACAUCACACACACUCGAAGCAAGGACACACAUCUGGGGGUGUAGGAGAACAUGAUUCCUCAAAGAGGAAGGGAUCGCUCUAUCUACUCUUGGAGAGGAUAAGGAGAUUUGGUUUUGACGCGUGGUCUAAGAACUGGAGCAGAGAGGCGCAGAGCACGGGGGCGGGGCCGGGGCCGGGGGCGGGGCCAGGGCCGCUGCAGGACGCCACGAAGAGCAGGACGAGUGCUGGGAGGGCCCGCCUCCCCCGCGCAGCCACCUCACGCGCCGAGCGCAUCUGGCCAGGCGGCGUCAUCCCCUACGUCAUCGGAGGGAACUUCACUGGCAGUCAGAGGGCAAUGUUCCGCCAGGCCAUGCGUCAUUGGGAGAAACAGACAUGUGUGACGUUCAUUGAGAAAACAGACGAGGAAAGCUACAUAGUCUUCACCUACAGGCCGUGUGGCUGUUGUUCGUAUGUAGGUCGUCGUGGUAACGGCCCGCAGGCGAUCUCCAUUGGUAAAAACUGUGACAAGUUUGGCAUCGUGGUGCACGAGCUGGGACACGUCAUCGGCUUCUGGCACGAGCACACGCGGCCCGACCGAGACGACCACGUCACCAUCAUCAGAGACAACAUCCAGCCAGGUCAAGAGUACAACUUCUUGAAAAUGGAGCCAGGAGAAGUCAAUUCUCUUGGAGAGCCAUACGACUUUGACAGCAUUAUGCAUUAUGCAAGAAACACCUUCUCAAGGGGCAUGUUCCUGGACACCAUCUUGCCUUCCCGCGAUGAAAACGGAGUGAGGCCUGCCAUUGGCCAGAGGACCAGGCUGAGUAAAGGAGACAUAGCACAGGCAAGGAAGCUGUAUAGAUGUCCAGCAUGUGGGGAGACGCUGCAGGACUCGGUGGGUAAUUUCUCGUCCCCUGGCUACCCCAAUGGAUAUCCCUCAUAUACACACUGUGUGUGGAGAAUCUCUGUGACGCCCGGAGAGAAGAUAGUGCUCAACUUCACCACCAUGGAUCUGUACAAGAGCAGUCUGUGCUGGUACGACUACAUUGAGGUUCGGGAUGGCUACUGGAGGAAGGCCCCUUUAUUAGGUCGUUUCUGUGGUGAUAAGGUGCCGGAGGUGCUGGUGUCCACAGAGAGCCGUAUGUGGGUAGAGUUCAGGAGCAGCAGUAACUGGGUGGGCAAAGGCUUUGCUGCUGCGUACGAAGCCAUUUGUGGUGGGGACAUCAGUAAGGACGCUGGCCAGAUCCAGUCUCCCAACUACCCGGACGACUACCGGCCAUCCAAGGAAUGUGUGUGGAGAAUCACCGUUGCCGAUGGCUACAAUGUGGGCCUCAGCUUCCAGGCAUUUGAGGUUGAGAGGCAUGACAGCUGUGCUUACGAUUACCUGGAAGUUCGAGAUGGUUUGUCUGAGAACAGCCCUUUGAUUGGUCGGUUUUGUGGCUAUGACAAGCCUGAGGACAUCCGUUCUACCUCAAACACUCUGUGGAUGAAGUUCGUCUCUGAUGGCACUGUCAACAAGGCUGGCUUUGCUGCCAACUUCUUUAAAGAGGAAGACGAGUGUGCCAAGCCAGAUAAUGGAGGCUGUGAACAGAGGUGUGUGAAUACACUGGGCAGCUACAAGUGUGCAUGCGACCCUGGUUACGAGCUGGCCCCUGACAAGAAGAGCUGUGAAGCUGCGUGUGGGGGCAUCCUGUCCAAGCUGAACGGCACCAUCACCACCCCGGGCUGGCCCAAGGAGUACCCGCCCAACAAGAACUGUGUGUGGCAGGUGGUGGCUCCCAACCAGUACCGCAUAUCCAUGCAGUUUGAGGCCUUUGAGCUGGAGGGCAACGAGGUGUGUAAGUACGACUAUGUGGAGGUGCGCAGUGGCCUGACGUCCGACUCUAAGCUCCAUGGGAAGUACUGUGGGACAGAAGUUCCCGAGGUCAUCACCUCUCAGUACAACAACAUGCGCAUAGAGUUCAAGUCCGACAACACUGUCUCCAAGAAGGGCUUCAAAGCACACUUCUUCUCUGAUAAAGACGAAUGCUCCAAGGAUAAUGGCGGCUGCCAGCAUGAGUGCAUCAACACUAUAGGCAGCUAUGUGUGCCAGUGCCGCAACGGCUUCAUUCUGCACGAGAACAAGCACGACUGCAAGGAAGCCGAGUGUGAGCACAAGAUCCACAGCCCCAGCGGCACCAUCAGCAGCCCCAACUGGCCCGACAAAUACCCCAGCCGCAAGGAGUGCACCUGGGACCUCACCGCCACACCUGGCCACAGGGUCAAGAUAUCCUUUAAUGAGUUUGAGAUUGAGCAACACCAAGAGUGUGCGUAUGACCACCUGGAGGCCUUUGAUGGAGACUCAGACAAGGCGGCCAUCUUGGGACGUCUGUGUGGCAGCAAGACUCCAGAGCCGCUCAUCUCCACCGGCAACAAGAUGUACAUGCGCUUCAUCUCUGAUGCCUCGGUCCAGAGGAAAGGCUUCCAGGCCACACACUCCACCGAAUGUGGAGGACGUUUGAAAGCGGAAACUCGCCAGAGGAAUCUGUACUCCCAUGCCCAGUUUGGAGACAACAACUACCCUGGCCACACGGACUGUGAGUGGCUGGUCACUGCAGAGACGGGCUACGGCAUCGAGCUCACCUUCACCACCUUUGAAGUGGAGGAGGAGGCCGACUGUGGCUACGACUACAUCGAGCUCUACGAUGGCUACGACUCCACUGCACACAAACUGGGACGCUUCUGUGGUUCAGGACCUCGAGAGGAGAUCUAUUCUGCUGGGGAGGCCAUGCUUAUCCGUUUCCAUAGUGAUGAUACUAUCAGCAAGAAAGGCUUCCAUAUCCGCUACACCAGCACCAAGUUCCAGGAGGCGCUCCACACACACAAAUGAUCCCCCUGCCCUCACACACACCCAGCAGCACAGCCCUCUCCACAGCCAACACAGAGAAUGGAGAGACUAGAGAGAGGACGGAAAACGGAAAGAAGACAACAUCACACACACGUUUGUGUGUGAUAGACUGCUCCUCAUAGUGUGUGUGUGUGUGUGUGUGUGUGUCUGUGUGUGUCUGUGUGUGUGUGUGUCUGUUUGUCUGUCUGUGGCACUGGUGGAACUGCCCACACCACUGCCCCAGAUGUGUAAGUGGACUGCGUAGGCCAGGCGCGUGAUUGGGCCAGAACUUGUCAUGCCCGUUUCAUGCCAGCAUCCCCGAUGCAUAAACUUAAAUAUACAAACACUCUGUUACAAAAAGUGGGAUGGUAUAUAUGUGUUAAAUAUGGUGUGUAUGUACAGUAUGUAUGUUUUUUUACUAUGUAUCCCCCUACCAGUAAGGAAGUGAAAUGCAUGAUCACUGUCCCUCUGGUGUGCUGUGGGUGAGGUGAAGACACAGGUUCAGGCCUUCAGUGUGUGGCCUACAAGUUGGGAUCCAGACUUUGGGUUAUAAUCUGCUGCUCUACUAUGUAUCUAGAUCAAGCACACUACAGGUGAAGAAUCUGUGUGUGUGUGUGUGUGUGUGUGUGUGUGUGUGUGUGUGUG